UCUCUCUCUCUCUCAGGAUUCGGUAAUUAUCUAUUUAUAAUUAUACCAUUCCCAGCACACAAACAGCACACAUCAUUGUUUCUCUCUCCAGCGACAAACAGUUUUCGUGAUUCGAUCGAGCGAUUGCGAGCGGUUCAGCGUUCGCAGAUCGAUCGAUCCUUUUGCUUUUAAUUCUUCAAUCCGACUUGCCUGCGAGCUCGCCUGCUCCGUAAACAUCCCAAUAUGUUCUUGUUCGAUUGGUUUUAUGGAGUUCUCGCAUCGCUCGGUUUGUGGCAGAAAGAGGGGAAGAUUCUGUUUUUAGGGCUUGAUAAUGCGGGAAAAACCACCCUCCUCCAUAUGCUCAAAGACGAGAGAUUGGUACAGCAUCAGCCAACUCAGCAUCCAACAUCAGAGGAGCUAAGCAUUGGGAAUAUCAAGUUUAAGGCAUUUGAUUUGGGAGGUCAUCAAAUUGCACGCAGGGUGUGGAAAGAUUAUUAUGCCAAGGUGGACGCUGUCGUUUACUUGGUGGAUGCUUAUGACAAGGAGAGGUUCGCAGAGUCGAAGAAAGAGCUCGAUGGUCUUCUUUCUGACGACAGUUUGGCUAAUGUUCCGUUCUUGAUAUUGGGCAACAAGAUUGAUAUUCCUUAUGCUGCAUCUGAAGAAGAGUUGACCUACUAUUUGGGGUUGUCCGGCAUCACUACUGGGAAAGGUAAGGUAAACCUCUCUGAUUCGAACGUCCGCCCGAUUGAGGUAUUCAUGUGCAGCAUUGUGCGUAAGAUGGGCUAUGGAGAUGGCUUCAAAUGGGUCUCUCAGUAUAUCAAGUAGAGGGGGCAAUAACAUUGUUAGACUUCAUUCAAUACUUGUCUCUUUAAAAGGAUUGUUCGCCCCAUUCGGUUAAAUGAAUUAAAUUUUGGAUUUA